CAUAUCGUCGGGCAAUUAACAUCGACUCACAAAAAUUUUUACCACAGAAAAAAAUUCGCAAUAUUCAAAAAAUAUGGCCAAUAAAUUUUUGCUCAUCGCUUCAUUCGCCUGUGUCGCUGUAGCGAACGCUGGUUUACUGCCUGCCGCUGCCAUUGCUCCUGGAUUUGUCGCACCAUAUGCGUCAUCGUUCAAUGCUCAUCACAUUAAUCACGCUGUAGCGUUGCCAGUCGCUCCACCCGCAGUGCCAAUUGCUGCACCGGCACCCUUCGCCGUGGCUGCUCCACCCAGGGUAACCUUUGCUGCCCCAGCUCCUGUUGCAGCGUCGUUAGCAUUCCCUCCUAAGGUGGCUUUCGCCGCCCCAGCACCGGUUGCGUUCUCUGCUCCCGCUAGAAUCGCUGCACCUUUGGCUGCCCCCUUGCCAUUCGCCCCGGCGCCACUCCAAUAUGCUCCAGCACCUCUGCGUUUCGCCGCGCCAGCACCGUUCCUGGGUUAGACCGAUCAAACUACAUGAACUAGAUAGAUUUGUAAAUACACUGGCGCUUAUUAUAAUUAAAUUAUUGUAAGGGAUGCAUAUUCUCAAACUAUGAUUUAUUGAUAAUUAUAGAAAAUCUACAAAAAUAGGAAUAUGAAAGAAUAGUUAUCUUAACCGAAAAUAUUUUGUUUAUAUGAAUUGUUAGCGGUAGUUGAAAUGCAUUGUAAUCCAUCGGAUUCCUACAAAAUUCGUUAACUUGAUGUUGGCGUUGACGAGAAGGUCUAAGACGCAA